AUGGCACCUCGCAGAGUUUACAACAAUACUAACGGCGGUCGCGUCGUAACCCUUGGUGGCGGUGGUGGUUUGAAUGAAAGAUUCAGCAACUUGGACAAAUCCAAGCAGCAGCAACCGGAACCACCACGCGGCAACGUGUUCUCCCGUAUCCGUGGAGCCCCUAUCAACAACAAUAACAUCAGAUCUGCUCGACGAAACACCUCCAACAUUCAAAACCGACUCAGCAAGCCUGUCAGUGCUGGCAUUCGCAAGCGAAGUGGCCCUACACCGAUGCAAGGAGUCGCACAAGUAGGUGGUCGUGGCUCUAAUCAGCGCAACACCAACGUGGUAUCCCGAAGACGUGAUGGUCGUAACACAACCCCCCGCCGUGGUCAACAGCAACAACGAGGAAGCAGCACUCGCGGAGCACCCAACAAGCAGCAGCAGCAACAACAACGUGGUGGCGGUAGUGGUCGUGGUGCUGCUGGUGGUGGCCGUGGUCGAAGCAACGACAAGAGUCGAAAGCCUGUCUCAGCCCAAGAUCUGGACAAAUCUUUGGACGACUACAUGAUGAAGGACUCCAAGACCGCACAAUCCAGACUCGACGCUGAACUCAACUCUUACAUGGAUGAGGGUGGUGACGUCCUCAUGGACCUGUAA